CUCCAGACGUCAUUGCGGAACUCAUGAAAGCUGCGACUGCUCAGUGUCAGGUCGCCCGUCUAUGUCUGCCUUUGCCUGCUGGCUGAAGAAAGAAGGGAACGCAGUCAUGAGAGGAAUCCAAACUCUUAAUCAGCUCUCUAAACGAUGCUAUGCUGCCACAAGGAUCGCCCCUCUGAGUGAACCACUGGUUUCUCCCAAGCCGUCCUCAUCCGUUGCCCGCCCUGCACAGGAUGUUCAGGUCUCUAAGCUUCCCAGUGGUCUUAUUGUUGCUUCCCUUGAGACGUGCUCUCCCGUCUCCAAAAUCGGAGUGUUUGUGAAAGCCGGCAGUCGCUAUGAACCUGUGGGGAACCUUGGAGUCACUCACUUACUGCGCUUAGCAAGCAAUCUGACCACUAAAGGAGCGUCUGCAUUCAAGAUCAGUCGAGGGUUAGAGGCUUUAGGGAGCACUUUGAGUGUAACAUCAACAAGGGAACACAUGGUCUAUUCUCUAGACUUUCUGAGGGAUGAUUUUGACAGCGUUAUAGAAUACCUGAUCGAUGUGACGACUGCUCCUGAAUUCAGGCCCUGGGAAGUGUCUGAGCUCACGUCCAGAGUGAAGAUAGACAAGGCCCUGGCGGAACAAUGUGCCCAGACAAGUGUCCUUGAGAAGCUGCACCAAGCAGCAUAUAAAAAUGCCCUGUCAAACUCUCUGUACUGUCCAGACUACAGGGUUGGAAAGAUCACUGGAGACCAUAUGCAAGAAUUUGUUGCGAACAAUUACAAAAGUGCAAGAAUGGCUUUAGUUGGAGUAGGAGUGAGCCAUUCUGCUUUGAAGCAGGUGGCAGAGCAGUACCUUGAUGUCCACAAAGGGUUAGGAAUGCCUGGAGACAAGGCUGUGUACCGUGGAGGUGAGCUGCGUGUCCAGAAUGGAGACAGUCUGACGCACACACUGGUAGCCUGUGAGGGGGCUGCGAGUGGCACAGCGGAAGCCAACGCCUUUAGCUUGCUUCAGCAGCUUUUGGGAGCUGGCCCUCAGGUCAAGAGAGGCUCCAACGUCACCAGCAAACUCAGCCAGGGCAUUGCCAAGGCAACCACGCAGCCCUUCGAUGCCACAGCUUUCAAUGUCUCUUACUCCGACUCAGGCCUCUUUGGACUGUAUACGAUUGCACAAGCUGACUCCACCAGGGAGGUCAUCAAAGCUGCCAUGGCCCAGGUGAAUGCAGUGGCUGGGGGAGCCAUUUCUGGAGAGGAUCUUGCCAGAGCAAAGGGCCAGCUUAAGACUGAGUACCUCAUGGUCCUGGAGAGUUCAGAUGGUUUGCUGGAGGAGAUAGGCAUUCAGGCUCUGACCAGUGGAGCCUACAGCUCACCAGACGCUGCGGCCAAGGACAUUGACUCUGUGACAUCCAGUGACGUUAUCAAUGCUGCGAAGAAGUUUGUCCAGAGCAAGAAGACAAUGGCAAGCAGGGGGCACCUUGUAAAUACACCAUUUGUGGAUGAAUUAUGAGGGCGAACAAUAUUGAAAAAUACCAGAACAUUAACUUACCCCUGCAACUGACAAUGUUUUUGUCACUUGUCACUACUGGUUGAGGUUUGUUCUGAAACAAAUGUGUAUCAGGAGUGGGAAGUAUACAUUUUGUCAGUUUCACUGUAUAUCUGUUGUAAAUUCAUUAAAAAACUCCAUCUACAUUGACUACAUAA